GGAAUGAUGAUAACAAAAAUUUUUCCCGCCAGAGGCGCUGUAACUCUUCUUAGUGGUUAAGUCAGGAUUUAUGACACGCGAUACACAUGUUUACAACUUCAAACUUAAUAUUUAAUUUUUAUACUUGUGAAAUAUUCUUUAAAAAAAAUAAUAAUAAUGGAAACUGUAAGAGCUUGUGGAUGUAAAGGUAUAAGAACAUGUUUAAUUUGCGAACACGAGUAUAACAUUAUUAAACCCAACACAUAUAAAGAGCUGCAAAAAUUACCAAGCUACGUUUAUUGUCCUGAGUGUGAUAAAGCUUGGCCCGGAUGGGACAUUAAUUUAUAUAAACAACAUCCGAACCAUAUUGGAAGUCCUAUUGCUUAUUCUGGAGUUUACAUUCAGCAAAAUUUUGUAGACGAACGAGAAACAAAACUCCUGAUAAAAGAUCUUGACUCUUUACCCUGGGACAUUUCGCAAAGUGGAAGAAGAAAACAAAACUACGGACCCAAAUGUAAUUUUAAAAAACGAAAACUAUGCCUGGGUAAUUUUAAUGGGUUUCCAAUCAACACAGAAUUCGUCCAAAAAAAAUUAUCCCAAGUGCCAUUAUUACAAGGCUUCAGAACUAUAGAACAGUGCAGUUUAGAAUACACUCCAGAGCGUGGAGCUUCUAUUGACCCUCACAUUGACGACUGUUGGAUUUGGGGAGAGAGAAUUGUUACAGUAAAUGUAAUUGGAGACUCUGUAUUAACUAUGACUCGUUAUCAAGGGUCUAAUACACGUUAUAACCUCGACUGUGUUUCUACUUAUCCUCCAGUAGUCCCUCAGAGCGAUUACAGUGGAGAUGAUUUAGAAAAAGCGCCAGAAGAUGUUGUAAUUAGACUUCCAAUGCCUGCUGGGUCGCUGAUGGUUUUGUAUGGCGAUGCAAGAUAUAAUUGGGAUCAUGCAGUUUUGCGGGAAGAUGUUACUAGUCGUAGAGUAUGUAUCGCUUACCGAGAAUUUACGCCUCCCUAUCUUCCACUCGGUCAAUAUAGUAAUAAGUCAGAAGAGAUUUUAAAAAAAGCUCAAAAUUUUUGGUGACACUGCGACUUUUAUUUUAGGAUAAUUUUAGUAUUUAUUAAAUUUUAUUGUCGAAAUUUAUUUUUUUUUUAAUAG